AUGUCUAGCCAAAGUAGUAGUCAACAACAAAGUUAUAUGACCAAGUUGAAUGCGGUGCUAGAUUGUACUAGAUUCCUCUUGAUGCAAGGAUUGUCAUUUCGUGGUCAUGAUGAAUCGAAAGAGUCUCUUAAUAGAGGAAAUCUAAUUGAGUUACUGAACUGGUAUGUAGCUCGUUGUAAAGAAAUUAAAGAAGUAAUAUUUAGUAAUGCUCCUAAAAAUAACCAAAUGACUUUACCAACCAUCCAAAAUGAUUUGAUUAAUUGUUGUGCCGUAAAGACGACAAAGGCUAUUAUCAAUGAGAUAGGUGAUUCUUUGUUUUCAAUUUUGGUUGAUGAGGCUCGUGAUAAUUCUAUGAAAGAACAAAUGACAAUUGUUUUGAGGUUUGUUGAUAAAAGUGGGCAAGUGAAGGAGCGUUUUUUGGGUAUGUCCCAUGUCACUAAUACUUGUGCCCAAUCACUGAAGGAUGUCAUUAAUGCAAUGUUUUCUACACAUGAGUUGAGCAUAUCUAGCCUGAGAGGUCAAGGCUAUGAUGUAGCAAGUAAUAUGUCAGGCGAGUUCAAUGGGUUGAAAGCUUUCAUUCUAAGAGAGAACCCACAUGCUAUGUAUAUUCAUUGCUUUGCUCACCAACUUCAGUUUGCAAUUGUAUCUGUCGCAUGUAGGAAUUGUAUGCUUGGUGAUUUGUUUGACAUACUUGCUAUUAUUAUGAAUUUGGUUGGUGCACCAUGUAAGCGUGUAGAUGCUCUUCAAACAAGUUAUCAAGCUAAUAUUCUAGAGAAGCUUAAUAUUGGGAAACUUACUGGUGGAAGUGGUCAGUUUCAAGAAAUGAGUUUGGCACGCCCAGGUGAUACUAGGUGGGGCUCACAUCUACUGACAAUUACUCAUUUCAUUAAUAUGUUUAAUGCUAUCAUAGAUGUUCUUGAAAAUAUAUUAGAAGAUGACAACUUAAGAGAGAAUGGUUGGGAUACUUUGUUAAGUAGGAUGAUUGAGUUUUGUGUUAAUAGACAUAUUUUAGUGCCCAAUAUGGAGGAUAUUGUAGUAGUGAAAGGUCGACCUAGGCUUGUAGCUCAGCAGGUGACUUAUUUUCAUCGCUUUUAUGUUGAUUUGUAUUGUCAUGCGAUAGACUCAAUCUUGCAAGAGUUGAAUGAUCGUUUUUCAGAAACAACUACUGAGCUCUUUACUUGCAUUUCAUGUUUACCAAGAGAUUCAUUUGCAGCUUUUGAUAAGAAUAAAUUUCUACGUCUUGCUCAGUUCUAUCCUUGGGAUUUCAAUAGUGGAGAGCUUUUAUUACUUAGACCUCAAUUUGAUAAGUUUCUUUUGCUUGUGAGAAUGGACAAAGCUUUCUUUAAUCUCAAUAGCAUAUCUUGUAUAGCUCAAAAGUUGGUUGAAACUGAAAGUUCCUGUUAUUUUCCAUUGGUUUAUAAGCUGCUCACCUUAGCAUCGAUAUUACAUGUGACAACUAAAAGUGUUGAAAGGGUAUUUUCUGCUAUGAAUAUAAUCAAGAGUGAUUUACGCAACAAAAUGGGAGAUGACUGGUUGAAUGACAAUUUGGUGGUUUACGUGGAGAAAGCUAUUUUUAAAAAAACUUGA